GCAACAGGACAAGUAAUCGAAAGUGAUUGCAAAGCAUUUAUGCAAACUUUCACUCGCAAGUUAGUUUAACACUCGGUUGGUGGUACGUGCUACGGCGGAAAAGCGGCAGUUCGAAAAAUCGAAAAACAUUGAAAAUUGCAAUUAAUAAUAAUACUUUGUGAAUUUUACUUAAAAAUCGGCAAGGAAAGUAGUUACACAGCAGUCAGAAUCAUGUUGCUUAAGGCAAGCCAAAACGGGCCACAAAUUGCCUGUCUUCUGCUAUUUGUUUUAGUUCCGUUUUGUGAUGGCUUGCAGCUAGGCGCUUUUACCACCAAAACGCCCAGGGUUACCAAGUACACGACGAAGCCAGCGUCGUCUUCUUCAAUGAAUCAUGAUGCGACAACCUCGAUUUAUCGUCUCAAUGCCACAAAUGGCAUCACCUGCAUUUUGGUUAGUGUGGAUGGCCUCAUCAGUAUUAAAUAUCGCAAUAAGUUGAACGAAGAUGUUGAGGCGGAUCUCUAUCUACCCGAUGAUCCGAAGCUCACUGGCGAGUGUGUGGAAUCCAAUAUGGAAAUAUUGAGAUUAGAUUUCAAAGGAUUCGCCUUGACAAUGACAUUCCGCAAGUCAUCUGGUGGUGAAGGCUGGUACAUAAAUCAAUUCGAACUCACUUAUUCCUCAUCGAAUUCGCUAUUCGAACAUCCCGAUCGCCCAAAUUUGGAUGUGAAACUUACUUCGCCGGCACACACGCCAAUGUACUUCCCAACGCCCGUCGGCAAAUCGUACGUUUGUGACAAGGAGCAAAGUGUCGUCUUGUAUGCACCCAUAGAUUCCGGUGACAUGUCGGGGCACAUUGCACGCCUCUAUCUGCGCGAUCUGCACAUGCAAAGCUUCAUGUUUAAGGAAAGCGGCAAGUGGGGCCCGCCCUUCCAUUGCAGCGCUACGGGCUCAUACCGCGAUGAGACGGCACCACUAGCCGUGGGCACUGCCUUGGCGAUAGCCGUACUAAUAACAAUAUCCGGCUACGGUGGUUGGCGCUACUUCAAAAUCAAGAAAGUGCAAUACGGUUCUAUGGAGUAAGCGUAAUUUGGACGGAAAAUUUUACGUGCUUACAAUGCGCUCGUUGGCUUAGUGAAUUCGUGAAAGUUUAUUCGGUUCUUUUCAACAUGCAGCCUUACAAAAGUUGACGAAACAUAAAGUAAAAUGAUUCGCUGGAGAAAAAACGCUGUACAUAUCUGGUUAUUAURCGUUAUAUAACUGUAAAAUAUGUAAUUUUCAAUUUGUUAUGUCYAAGAAAAUUGAUGCGUGUAUACAAAUACCAAAACGGAAAGGCAAUKGCGCAUGUCAGGUAGCAAGUAAGUAAUGAACAUUUAAAA